AUACAAUUUAGCUGACAAGAAUAAAUUAUCUAUUUAGCUGAUAAAGACAUACAUACCGGGUACAAUUUAGCUGACAAGAAUAAAUCUUAUAUAAUUUAUUUAGCUGAUAAAGAUGUGUAAACCAGAUAUAAUUUAACGGAUAAGAAUAAAUUUAUUUGACAAAAAGGAAAAAAAAAAAAAAAAAAAAAAAAAAAAAAAAAUUUAACGUGCGAUGAAGAAAAACGGCCGCAACUCAACGGCCAGAAAAUUUAAGAGGUGUUCUUGAUGUGAAUUAAAAGCCAGAAACGUUUAGAGCAUGUAGAGGGGCGAAUUUUGGCCUAUAAAUAGCUACAUUUGGUGUUGUAAAACCGGAGAUAUACAUAUAUAAACAUAUACAGCGUUUUUUUUUUGAACCAUCGCUACAACCCCUUAUUCGAAGCCAAAACCACUCACAAACCUUCCCCUUAGCGAGAGGAAUCCAACGGUGAAAGAAUCGUUGGAAACGGUCGAGAAACGAGGGAGAUAUUGCUCGCCGGAGUUUCGCCGGGGAAACUUUCCCGACGAAAAACAGAGAAGCAGAAGCCGCCAUCACCGCCGCCAACCCUUCACCGACCUGCGCCGUCCUUGGAGGAGUGCACCGCUACCGCCGUUGGCCGUUUCGUCGAGGAGAAGUACAUCAUUCCCGAGGAGGGGAAGAAAUGGGUUCUGGAAACUAUGGAUGCUUUAUGGCGUGUUCACAAAUCAAGGUUGAAAGCGAAGCACUAUGAUAAAUAUGAAACUGAUGAAGAGAGAUUGAAGUUUCGUCCAAAAAGCAUUCCGAUAAAUCAAUUUGAAGAACUACUGGAGUACUGGAAUUCAGAAUUAUCCCAAGAUAUAUGCAAAAGGAACACUAGGAGUUGUGGAUUACGAAGUGAUAUGCACACAAUGGGCCCCUCAUCUUAUGCAUUAUUACGUCAUGAAUUGCAACAGGAAGACCAAAACAAGCUAACCCCCACUCAAGCAAAAGUUUACAAAGAGUCUAGGAAAAGGGAUCCUGACCGCAUGUAUAAGACAAACAACGAAAAGACAUUGCAAACUAUUGAAGAAAUUAAUGUUAGAGAAUCCCAACAUGAAGAAGGAGAUGAUAAGACCUGUGAUCCUUAUUGUGAAGUGGUAGAUAAUGGUCAUUUACGCCUUUAUGGAAGAAGCAUGACAAAAUCUAAGCUGAAAAUCAAGCCUAAAGAUCAAAAGCCUAGUUACAUAUGCCCUCCUGAGUUCUUAGAGAGCUUCAAGCAAGAUCUGAUCUGUGCAUUGACUCCUAAAUUAACAACUGCUGUUGUCUCUAGCAUACAAGCUGCCAAUCCUGGAAUUCAACUAAAUGUUCCUGAUUUUUUAGUUACUCCCAGGGAUACUACCGGUGUUAACUCUUGCCAGCUUAAUGAGGAAACUACUGAACAAUUUAAGGAUAAUGAAGGAGAAUUCAAUGAAUGAAGCAUAUGCCCCUGGAGCAGUAAACAUGAUGAACGAAGGAUUAUUUUUUUGCAAGUUAAUAUAUGCCCAUGUGCAUUGUAAACUUCUUUUUUCAGCUACUCUUUCAUUACUUUUCACUUUCUCUAGUGGUUAUCUAUUACUUUAAUAUGUAGAACGGUGAAUUAAGUAUGAUACUACUUUCAUUCGAAUUUAAUUUAAUGAGAAUUCAUUGUCAA